CAAAUGAGAAUGGAGAAGUGUCUGCUUCAGAUUUUAUCUCAGGAAUGGGCAAUGAAGAUGACAGUGAGGAGGGCGAGGAUUUCCUGCCAGAGUCCAUGGAAUCCCCUGAUAACGAUCCCUCAGGAGAAAAUACCCAGGAAUCUCCACAGGAAACUAAUGAACCAUCCACUGACGAGGGUACCUCAGAAUACAGCACUUCACCAGAGGGUCCGUUGGAUCAUUCACCUCACAUAGGGACACAAAAUGGGCAGAAUAAAAUCAUCAUCUCAGACUUCGAUUUUGAUCGAAUACACCACACGAAAGAUAUCUGCAUGAACCGUUUAGAAGAAAGAACAGCCCAACAAAUGCGUCAGGUGCUAGAGGAAGAAAAUGAGAAGAUAUUGGAGGAUGUGAAGGAGUGUAAAAGUCUGGCUGUGGAGGCGGGGUAUGGUGUAGCAGAACAGUUUGAAGAUAGUUUACCCCCAAGGUUUUCUCAAACAGCUGGGGGCCCUGCAUUACCCUUGAUCCCCCAUGGAACUGGCACCUCAGGGCUGGAAAGACCUUCCAAUCAGAAUGUCAUUGAUGACCGCAUACCUAGUAAGCGUUACUCACGGACACGCAGAGAGGCCAGGCCAGGGGUAGAAGAGAGGUUGGAAUUGGGGCCCAUGAGGGGUAGAGGAAGAGCUAGAGCAGCUCCACAACCAUCAAGUAGCAGUCCUGCGAUUGGUUUAAGUAGCAGUCCGGUGAUUGGUUUAAGUAGCAGCCCUGUGAUUGGUUCACGUAGCAGUCCUGUAAUUGGUUCACAUAGCAGCCCUGUGAUUGGUUCACGAAGCAGUCCUCUGAUUGGUUCAUGUGACAGCCCUGUGACUGGUUUAAGUAGCAGCUCUGUGAUUGGUUCACGUAGCAGUCCUCUGAUUGGUUCAUGUGACAGCCCUGUGACUGGUUUAAGUAGCAGCUCUGUGAUUGGUUCUUGCAGUAGUCCUGCGGUUGAUUUUGGUACUUAUAACCCAGCAACACCUCCAAGUAAUAAUAGACAAGACUUAUUAUACAAAGCUUCCCCUGAGAAAAGAGAGGAACUAGUACAAACACUGAAAAAGAUCUUUGCAGAGGCAGAAAGAGACACAGAAGAGGAAACAAGGGCACGAUUACAGAGUCUUUUCUUCACAGAUCUUUUUAUGUACCUGGACAAGGAACAGUUACAGGAAGUGAUCUAUGUUCUGUUAAAUCGAGCAGUUCGUUACUAUGGAGAUAUUCACGACGUGCUGCUGGACAUCAUACAAAUACUUAGUGUGACUGAGGAUUUUCCCGACUGUCUUUACCAGUCCUGUAAGAAAAUAGAAGAAAACUACAUCAAGAUUCAGAUGAAGGGGAGUCCAUUUCAUGUCCAGGCCAGUAAGGUGUUAGCUCAUAUCUUCACAAUGAGCCUUCACUGGUCCGGCAGCAACCAAAUUCAAGAGAUGAUGUUAUCAGCUUUGGAGAAGUGGAUAAUAUUCAACAAAACGGCUCAACAGCUUGGACAGGACAGAUUACAGGAGCUUUACAUUGAAUGUUUUGAUAUUGUGUGGUGCAUUGUGGGAUCUCAUAUCUGCCGUCUCUAUCCUGAACACAAAGCUCGGCUGCAGAGAGAGUGUCGAAAUAAGAUUCUCAAUGACAAUGUUUCCAGAUUGGUGCGGUCAAAGUUGCUGGACCUAUACAUAGAGAAGUUUGUGGUAUCACCCACUUCAAAGAAAGAGGAAAUUCACACCUGUACUCAGACCAGGGCUCUGACAAUGGUAGACAAGGGGGUACAGACAGAUAUGAUCAAAAUCACAGAAAGACGAUCACAGGCAGAAUCUCCUUCACCUGUUGCACCAGCAUCAGAACCAUGGAAAAAAUCCAUAACAAAGACAGCGCCAAAUAACACAAAAGCCACCACAGUAGAAUCCAAGAAAGACAUUGAGUGGCCGAAAUUGUCCGGUCCAAAAGUACCCGAUUGGACAAAUCGGUUGCUGGACAGUCCGAAACUUCCAGACUGGGGCAGCCCAGAGGGAAGUAGCAGUAGUGUCCGAAAGACUCCAGAGUCGCUGACAAGUGGAUUGUAUUUUUCUGCAGAGGAUAAAUCAUUUCCGAGUUCACCGGAUAUCAGACAAUCUUCAUUUCUUAAUUCUCCAGACAAUCUCAGAAAGCGAAAUUUGAAUCAGUUGAGGAGCCCUAAAGAGACCUCGGUAGUGUCAGAACCAGUGCAGAACUUUACAAACUGGUCCGACAAUAUGGUGUUUGGAUCUAAAUCAAACUUUCUGUCCAGUGAUCAUACAAUAAAGAAAUCGGAAGAUGAAAGAAAAAGCCAACUGUUGAAGAACAAACUUUGUGCUUUGGCAGAGCCUAAAUCAAAUUCCACAGGACUGAAAGCUCAAAGUCAAAGAGUGCAGCAAAAUGAUGGCUCCAAAAAGGAAAAUCAACAGAUUAGGCAGUUGGGAGGAAAGGAAGUGUCUUACUCUAGCAAUAGGAAAACAAAGGAUCUGAAAGAGGAGCAGAAAUCUAGAGACCCAGAACCAGUCUCUUGGUGGGAUUCAACAGGCAGCUUAUCGAGAUCAAAUUUAAAAUCUCCUUCUGUUGGCUCAGAAGAGGAUUCAAGUGGCAGUGAAAAAAGAUCUUUGGGCAGAGGGAGGGGAAGGCGUGUUAAAAAAGGGCUUCCUACACCCUCAAAUUCUUCUUCUCUCGUACAGAAAUCAGACUUUGGAGAUGAGAAAUCUGAAAAUCUUUCUAGCUCUCAGAAGAGGGUCAAUCCUUUACGAGCCACCAGAGAUGAAAAUCCAUUGCACUUCCAAAAUCAGAAUGCUAAUUGCAAGAAAGGUAGUGGUGCUGGUGGUGGGAAAUCCCCACAAAAAGUGAUGGACUGGUUCUCUAUGGAGGAGGUAGAAACUGGUGAUCAGCCCUCAGAAACAGGCAGCAGGAAUGAGGAUGACGUGCCAGACGACUGGUUUCUGGCAAGCGAGGACGAAAAAAGUGCCAAAUAUUCCCAAAGCAGUGAUAUGCAAGCUUUACAGAGUCAAACAAGUGACAUUUCAACGAAUCAAAAGAGUCCUAGCAAAGGUCAGGUGUCUCAAAAUGGAGACUCGCCAUCACAGACAGAAGCUGACACAGGUGGGCUGGACGGUAAAUUUGACGGUGAGGACGGUAACGGUGACUGCCCCACGCGACCCUCCCAUUUUUCCGACGAGGAGGGUGAUGAUGAUGGAUUAUGGGAAACGGACCAGAGCUCCGAUGAUGAAAUGUAUAUGAGGCCUGCAACUGCCGACAUUUCUGACAAGGGAUUUACAGAAAGUGUUUCUAAGUGGGUUCCUGGGCAGAGAAAGUGUACACUGUGUGGUGCCACUGAUCAUGUUAUAUACAAGUGCCACAGGAAAAAAGACAACAGCUUUUUUCUGUAAAAAAUGUGCCAUUUUUUUAUUUUGUUCUUGUGUUUAAGGAAAAGCUUUUAAACCUACUGUUCACAAUAUGAUCUGAAGCCUUCAGCUACCUUCAUUGGUCAAAGUCUGUGUGUGUAUCUGAAUGUAUUUCUGUACCCUUCACUGAAAGUAUCAGUUUUCAAAUGUCUUCACAUGCUUCUUGAAUCAGGCAAACUUAUGAAAUAUUGUCUGAUGAUUAAUUCUUUCUCCUGCAUAAUUGCCUCAGGUUGUGAUGUAAGGAUUAUAAUUUGCUAAGGUCAGCAUAAAAAAGAACUUAUUUUUACAAGGCAGGUACAUGUAUCUGUCCCCAAAUAAAACUAAGAAAUUAAGAAAUCUUUUUAUUAUAAAUUAAAAAAGAAUGGUUUUCUGAUUAUAAUUUGUUCUUUGAAUUUAUUGAAUAAAGUUUUAACUCCCAGUGAAUAAAUUUUCCUCUUAAUUUUUGCAAAAAAGUCUGAAAUUCAUAUAUCGCAGGCAUAGUCUUUAGAUGACAAUUCUCAGCAAGAUUUUGCAUGGGCAUAUGAGCACACAAAUUUCCUUGUUGACUUUGAACCCAAAAGUCAAGGUGCAACUUUUUUCUUUCUUCAUCUGUAUUUUCUCAGUUUUUGCAUUCUUUUCUUUAUUCCCUAAGUUGGGGACACAGAAUCCCUUAAUUAAAUACACUAUAGUUUAUACCAAGUCACUUAAUUAAUAAUUAUAUAUUGCUUAAAUAAUUGACCUCUUCUGAAGAAAUACUAGUAUGUAAAUUUGGAAAUCUUCUUGAAUGUAUAUCUUGAUGUAUAAUAUGCAUUUAAAUACUAUGCAUUUGUUCCACACCUGUAAUUUUAACAAAUAAGAUAUUUCCUGGGGGAAAAAAGCAGCUUUAAAGCAUUUGAAAUGAUUUUUUUUAAGGUUUAUGUGUCCUUGUAUACCAUUCCUUAUUUUUUUUAAUAUGGUUUGUAGCCCUUUUGAAUUUCACGAGAAGUCAGCUUAUAUUUUUUUAAACGUAGAACAAUGGAAAAUUCAGCCAUUUUGCUCCAAAGCUAUAGGACAUUUCUCAAGGAUUUGACCUUUUGUGUCUAAACUAAUAAUCAAAGUGGACAAAAAAAGAGAAGAAUUUUCUCUCUGUGAAUCUCUUUCAGUGCCUCCCACUCAUAUAAAUUUGUCUGCUUUUUAUUUUGGUUUUAUUUAUGUGCAUGAGCUCUAUGAUAAACUUAAAACAGCUUAACCAAAUGCCAGAUUACCCAUAGGUG